GUCCACCUCUACUGGAGAGAAGAAAAUAGACGCGCUGUUUUAAAUGUCUUUUUUAAAUAUUAUAUUAGUGCAAUAAACGAGAUAAUAUAUAUUAAUCCAACAUCGAGAGAUAAAAGUGUGGCUCGCCAUCCACUAUAAUUGCAAAGACUUUGGCGAAAUAAACGCGUAGAAAACGCGCUCUGACCAGCGGAAAUCUUGGAGAUAUGGAAAACGCCGAUGCGACUUCGCAAUCGGAUGCUCACAUCGACUACAAAACCCCCAAGAAGACCCACUCGCUGAUCGACAGUGAGCAGUUGCUGGACAAGAUCAACAUCCUCACCACCAAGCCGGAGAACCACUCCCAAAAUGCCAAGCUUCCCACGAUCAAGGACUUCGUCAUCAUCAAACCGAUUAGCCGCGGCGCCUUCGGCAAGGUAUUCCUGGGCUACAAGAACAACGACUCGAAGAGACUGUUCGCCAUCAAGGUUAUGCGCAAGUCGGAGAUGAUAAACAAGAACAUGGUAUCCCAGGUGAUCACCGAGCGGAAUGCCCUGGCGCUAUCCCGAUCCCAGUUCUGCGUCAGUCUCUUCUACUCGCUGCAAUCGCUGUCCUACGUAUAUUUGGUGAUGGAGUACAUGGUGGGCGGGGAUCUUAAGUCGCUGCUGGCCAUGUUUGGGUAUUUUGACGAGCCCACUUCACGCUUCUACGUGGCCGAGAUGGUGAUGGCAUUGCAGUAUCUGCAUCAGCACGGAAUCGUCCACAGGGACAUCAAACCGGAUAACAUGCUGCUCUCGUCCAGUGGCCAUGUGAAGCUCACUGACUUUGGGCUGAGCAAGAUCGAUAUGCGACGAGAUCUGGAGAUAUCGGACCUCAUCAACUGCUCUCCGAAUCUGAAUGCCCGCACGCCCGGCCAGCUGUUGUCGCUCACCUCGCACUUGUCCUUCGGCUCCGAAAAGAAGCUGCAGGACUUCGGUUCCGCUUUAAAUGGACAAGCCAACGGAAUGGGCUCGGUCGCCACGGGAACAUCGCACCUUCUGCAGGCCAUCAACAAGCACAGUCUGACCAUGGAGCUAUCCGAUAGCGAGGGUGACACAUCGCUCAAUGAUGCGGAGAAGACCAGCGACAGCAAGAUCUCCGGAGUGUCUCCCUUCUUCUCCGCCGAGGAGGCCAACGAAUCUAUCACUCAUACGUGCACCGCCAACGUCAAUCCCCAGGAUAGCAGUUCUUCUUGCUCAUUCCACACUUGCAACUCGGCUGACCUGAGCAAGUGCUCGCCACCACUUGAACCCGCUACAGAUGGCGCUGCUGCAGCGGAGGCGAUUCCCAGUAAGCGGCGAGUGGAAUUCGCUUUGGAUGUGGCUCCAUGCCAGGGAUGCAAGCUGGCCGAGCAGGACAGCGUCAACAUGGCCACCAAUGAAGGCAAACAUUUGCCCAAGCUAGAGAACGCAAGCGAGGCUUCGUUUGAGUUUUCCAUGGUGCGCAGGCGAUCGGUCGAGGAGCGUAAUCGCCUUUCAAAGGGGCAGGAGGAUUCGGGCGUGUCGAGUCGCAAGGGCGACGAUUACUCCAGCUGCAAUUUGAACAUGAACAGCGAGAGCACAGCCUCGUCGAUUGACAAAAACGCGGAGAACUUGAGCCAAUCGAAGGAGGAUUACAGCUGCUCGGACUACUCGCGUAGCUACAACAUGACCAAUGGCAACGAGAUGAGCGGUAUCCACAUGAACUCGCCGUUUCGCAAUCUGUCCAAGCACUUUAAGCGUCCCGACUUCCUGCGCGGCAUGAAGCGGAAGAUCAACCUUGUCAACCGCUCCGACAACAUGUCCAGUAUGGAGGCCGACGGUUCUAGUUCGGGCAACGGCAGUGCCAACACCGGACUAACCCAGGAAAUUGAGAUCCUCAACAUUGGCAGCAGCACGCCCAAGAAGCGCAAGGCGCGUUCCUCUCCGAUUCGUGGUGUGCUCAAGGUGCGCUCUUUAUCCGACGACGAGUUGCCCAUGAACCAUCUGCUGGGACCGGAAGCGAAUGUGGCCAAUGUAGUCUUCUCCACGCCCGUCUCCUCGCAGAAGUUGCCUCGACGCGAUGGCGGUCUGUUGGGAAAGCUGAAGGCCACACGAUUUGCUCUGCCUCUCUCUAUUGAAAACAAAAAGCGAGAACACGCGGCCGCCGAUAAGAUGUCGGGGAUUCAGUACCACCUGAAGUUGUCCGACGAUACCACAAUGUCGCCCAUCAACCAUGGGACUGGCAACCUCCCAAAGACGCCGAAAAACGUGAACAUCAAUACACCAUUUCGCACUCCAAAGUCGGUGCGGCGGGGGGCUCGCAUAUCCAACGAACGCAUCUUGGGCACACCUGAUUAUUUGGCUCCCGAGCUGCUGCUGAAGCAAGGACACGGUCCGGCCGUCGACUGGUGGGCAUUGGGAGUCUGCUUCUAUGAGUUCAUGACCGGCAUUCCGCCCUUCAACGACGAGACGCCUCAGAAAGUAUUUGACAACAUUCUGAAUAAAAACAUCGAAUGGCCAGAAGGCGAUGAGGCGUUAUCCGUCGAAUCCAUGGAGGCUGUGGAACUGCUCCUGACCAUGGAUCCCCAUGAGCGUCCGGCCGCCAAGGAGGUUAUGCAAAUGCGUCACUUUGCAUGCAUCGACUGGGAGAAUAUCGGCAAUACGGAGCCACCGUUUGUUCCGACACCCGACAACCCCACUGACACGGGGUAUUUCGAUGCGCGCAACAACCUUCAGCAUUUGCAGCUAUCCAAUUUUGCCAUGGAAGACUGACUACCCAAGCGGAGCCCGGCUGCCUCCGUUUCAGCUCGCUCGUCCCGAGCACUGUCCUAUCGUUAUUUAUAUUUUCAUGUAGCAAUACCUAAGAGUAGACCUUUAAUGUUCACUUGUUAUCGUUCGUGUAGCCCUACGUAUUUAUACUUCGUUUAAAGUUCAUUCAAUUGUAUUAUUAAAUUCAUUGUACAGUCAUUCGAUUGUUGCUGUCAUGAUUGUCGAUGAUCCUGAUCAGCGUAAAAUUUAUACAAAUAUAGGUACUGAUUUUGAUAUUGUUAUUGUAACUAAGCUUAAACAAAAAGCUUCAAGUAUGCACCUUCAAGAUAUGUAUAUCCAAUAAAGUUGUAGUCUUAAAGAUGAAA